AUGGCCUCGAUCAACCUCUUCGACGACGACCUCGACCUCAACGGCGUGCCCGCCGCCGUCCCACAGGACACGCCCGCCGCCACCGGUACCGCCGCCGUUCCCGCCGACAUCCUCAUCGUCGCCUCGCAGCAGGCGGCGCAGGAUGGGUCGUACCAGGCGCUCGUGACGGAGUUGGCGGGGAAGGGCAAGGUCGAGAUGCAGAUGGUCGACCGCGUCGUCGAGGGAGCAACCUCGCUCCCGACCUCGCAGUACAAGCAAAUCGCCGUCUUGCUCCCCGCGACGAUGGUCACGGGCUCUCUGCUUGCAUUGCUCGAGCCGGCGCUGGCGGCUGGCGGGUCGUUCGAGGUUCGCGGCGAGGCGAGCGAGAGUGAGGAGGUGCUGGGAGAGUUGACGCUGGUUGGGCUGAGCGGCGCGAACAAGACGGACGGUGCGAUCCUGGCGACCAAGCCGGCCGUUACCUCCGUUCCCCUCUCGCUCAAGCGACCCGCCUCCGCCCUCGACUCUUCCGCCGCCCCCGCUCCCCUGCCAGUAGACGGCGCAAGUGGAGUCGUCCCCCUGCCGACCCGCAAGUCACGAGCGGCCAAGGCGUCUCUCUGGGCUUUCACGACCGCGGCAGCUUCCUCCGGCGCCGCGACACCCACCAUCGACGAGUCGACCCUCUUGACCGAAGCCGACCUCGAGCGACCAACGCUCGUCAAGCGCGAAGACUGCGACGUCAAGCGGACUCGACGAGCGUGCAAGAACUGCACGUGCGGGCUGCGCGAGAUCCUCCUCGACGAGAAGGAGCCGGACGACCUUGUCCAGGCGGGCUUUGCGGCGCAGCCGAAUGCGACGGCGAACAAUGCGAGCACGGCGGGAGGAGCAAAGGUCAGGACGAUCCAGAGCGGCGUGACGAGCAGUUGCGGAAACUGCUACCUCGGCGACGCCUUCCGGUGUGCGAGCUGCCCUUACCUGGGGAUGCCCGCUUUCGAGCCCGGCCAAAAGGUUCUCGUUGGCGGCCUCGAUGACGCCUGA